AUGGCCGAGGCAGUCAAAGCCGCCGCCGCGCGCCAGUUGCCCGCCUUUAAACUGGGCAAGAAGCAAGUCUUUCUACCAAACCAUGUCAUCACGAUGCUCCGAAAAGAACACCUCCCCCCCAACGAAGCCUGCUUCAAAGUGCCCCUCCGCUUCACGAAAUUCGACCUCAGGGACUACCUCUGGAACCUCUACGGCGUCGAGGUCACCACCGUGCGGUCCUACGUCAAGCAGCAGCCGCUCACGCAGCGCAGCACCAGCUCGCGCUCGUGGUACCGCCCGCAGCCGCACAAGAUCAUGACGGUCGAGCUGGCCAGGCCGUUCCAGUGGCCCGAGCCGCCGGCGGACCUCGAGCCCUGGAGCCACGACCUGUGGCGCAUGCGCGAGGAGACGAUUGAGCAGCGCAACGAGGAGCAGCUAGCGCGCCAGCGCAUGCAGAUCCCGCUCAAGAGCCAGCAGCCCAAGCCCAAGGAGCGGGAGCAGCUGGGCGAGCUGGCCAAGAAGAUGCUGAGCGGCGAGGUCAAGUGGGAGAACAACGUCGUGCUGGAUCCGAAGUGGGAUCGGAUUCUGGGGAGGGAAAAGGCCGGGAAGUCGACGGAGACGACGGAGACGACGACGACGACGACCUCAUGA